AUGUCUCGCCGGGAGUCUCCGCCGCCGCCCUCGCCGCCUCCGCCGCCUCAGCUGCUGGGAGAGCGGGAGGACCGUCCGGAGCGCGCCGAGCCGCUGUCCGACGCCGAGCGGGAGAUCAUCCAGGACACGUGGGGGCUGGUGUACAAGAACUGCGAGGACGUGGGGGUGUCCGUGCUCAUAAGGUUCUUUGUGAACUUCCCGUCAGCCAAACAAUACUUCAGCCAGUUCCAGGACAUGGAGGACCCAGAGGAGAUGGAGCGAAGCAGCCAACUUCGGCACCAUGCCCGCAGAGUGAUGAACGCCAUCAAUACUGUGGUGGAGAACCUCCAUGACCCAGAGAAAGUGUCGUCAGUGCUGGCCCUGGUGGGGAAGGCCCAUGCUAUCAAACACAAGGUGGAGCCCAUGUAUUUUAAGAUCCUGAGCGGUGUGAUGCUGGAGGUGUUGGCUGAAGAUUUCCCUGAAUUCUUCACAGCAGAGGUGCAGAUGGUGUGGACCAAACUGAUGGGGGCAGUGUACUGGCACGUCACAGGGGCCUACACAGAGGUGGGCUGGCUCCAGGUCUCCAGCUCAGCAGUUUGAAUAAUCAACAAGAAGAGGAGGGUAAAGGAGUUUCUAAUGGACUUAAUGAAAUGAAAAAAGGAAAACGGUUUGGUCGUGAUCAUGUAAAAUGAGGAAGUAGACGAGUGUGUUUAAAGGAUUGUGUAGGGAUGGUUCCAUAGACAUGGAUGAGAUUAACGUGGUAAUCCGUGCAACUCU